AUGGGCGGCUUUGAAAUUUCAUGGAACUUUACAUUUAAUCCUAAAGAGGGAAUAGACAACCCAAUAAUGGUUAUCACAGAAGAGUCCACACCAACGCCACGUCUCUGUGUGCUAAAAAAGGAGAACGGGGAGUCCUAUGGUUUUCAUCUGAGAGUGGAAUGGGUGAAACAAGGUCACAUUAUAAGGAAAGUGGUCUCUGGAGGGGUUGCAUGGCGUUGUGGACUAGAGGAUGGAGACAGGCUUCUUGAAGUCAACAAUGCCUAUGUAGACGAUGUGCCUCACCAGGAGGUAGCCAGAAGAAUAAGGCUAAGUGGAAACCACUUAUGCUUAUUGGUUCUGGAUGGGGAGGCGUAUGAGAGGGCAGUCACCGAAGGGCAUGGCCUGCGUGAUCUUGUCAAAGCAUAUAAGGGUAAAGACUUUAAACAACCAAGACUUUGUCACAUCCCCAGGCACCCUGUCUUGGGUCUGGGCAUCAACUUCACACCUGUUGGAGCUGAAAAAGGUUGUUUCUCUGUCAACCUGGUGCCCGAAGGGCCAGCUGAAAAGGCUGGCGUACGCAAAGGGGAUCGACUGGUGUGGAUGAACGGAGCUGUGGUUUCAGAUCUCACACACUCUGCACUCAGCAGAAUGAUAAAAAAAUGCGGCGAUUCCAUCACCAUCCUAGUGAUUGACAGCGAGAGUGAGAAGAAGUACACUCAACUAAGGAUGCCCAUACUCCCUAUUAUGGCGGUUCCGCACAACCUACCCUUUAGAGCUAGAAAAUUAGACUUGGAUUUGGCACCUGAGGGCUACGGUUUCCUCCUUCGCUUUGAAAAGGCGUCAUCAGGGCGUACCGCUCAUGUACUGCGUAAGGUGGACGCUGGGAGUCCAGCAGAAAGGGCUGGAGUGCGGGAUGGCGAUGUGUUGCUGGAGGUCAACGGAGAGUCUGUAGAAUUGUUGCAGCAUGACGAGAUUGUGACAAGAGUGAGAGAGAGUGGCCAGCAGAUCUCAAUUACCACAAUUAUUCCACGGGGCCAUGAGUUUUACACAAAGUUAGGUCUAUCGCCUCUCCUCUUCUGUGAAGAUGCCAACAUUCAACCAGUCAACGCAUCAGAAAAUUGUCUACAGAAUGAUACAGCAGGUUCAUCUAAGCCUAGGCUCUGUUCUGUUCAAAGAGGAAACUUGGGUUUUGGCUUCAACCUUGGCUGUAUCCCACAGUGUCCCGGAACCUUCAUCAGUCAGGUGACCCCAGGGAGCCCAGGGGAUAAAUCAGGACUAAUAAUGGGUAAUAUAGUGAUGGAAGUUAAUGGGAAAAAUGUGGAAAAACAAUAUCUGGAAGAUGUGAUUAUGCUUGUAAAGGAAGGAGGGCCAUGUCUUUCCUUACUUGUCAAGGAUAAAGCGGACUGCGGGAACUUGAAUAAAGAACAGAUCGCAGUUGAGAUCACCAGCAGUGAGGUGACGACAUUCAUGAAGCAACAAAAGCAUGGCCUCUAG